UGCAAUAAAAGUGCUGUUAAAUGAAACACAGAAACUCUGAAGAUAUAAGCGCAUGUGUCACGUAUGUAUUUGUAUGACCCGAAAGAUUACCGAUUUAUGUUAUUGUUUCCUCCAGUCUUGAAUAUCAAAUUUAAUUAAUAACUUUACUCGAAAUAUACAUAUGUAUAUAUAUACAUAGUACGACUUUAUUUACUUGGAAUAAAUAUAUUCCAUGAAAUAGAACGAUUAUGAUUAAGUAAGAGUUUAAAAGGAAUUAUUAUUUUCGACUGAAUGAUACAAAGAAGUAGUUGAAGAAUCAGCUGCGUCAGUUGAAGGUCAAAACUGUGACUGUAAUGUGCGUUUAGUAAGAUGGCAGGCUUAUUAUUGUUCGUAACGCGCAUUUUACUUUUAUUUUUUUUUCAUUUAAUCCUUGUAUCCUGUGGUUCCAUCAAUAAGUCAGUACAAAAUGUACCGGAACCUUUAAUUCAAAGUGCCUUAAAUUCUUUGAAUAAGGAUUCUCCAACGCAUCAUACAUACAAGGGCGGUAACCUGAUUAAUGCGCAAAAAUUGGAGGAACCACCAUAUGCGAUAUAUAGACUCACGUUUGAUUUGACUCCUGUUUGUAAAGAAGCAUUAGAACCAUGUCCUCGAGAAGCAUGUACAGUUGAGGUAAAACAACAUGAACAUGGAAAUAUAAAUGUUCUACGGGAGUCUAUACAAUGCAUGUACUUAUAUCCACAAUCUGUCCAAGAUGAUCCCUUACAAAUGCAAGAAAACAAUCAAGAUCAGGAAAUUAUUGAUAAUUUAGAAAAACAAAUUGUUAACAAUCAAAGUAUCGAAUUAGAUCAUGAAAUUCAAAAUAACAGAGACCACAGCGAACGACCAUUUAUAGCAAUGAGAGCUCCUAAUUCUACAUAUUGUCCAGGGUGUCCAUAUGAAUUAAAUCCAAACCUACCUGGAUUGUCUACUUUUGGAGAACAAGUGGUGAAAUCAAUGGAUGAAUUGAUACAGAAUGAUUUCAAACAUAAAGUAAUAGGAAUUGUUAAAGUUACUAGUGCUAUACCGCCUUCAUCUAAUGUUGUAAAGUAUGAAAUUUUAUUCCGUAUAGGAGAAUCUGACUGUUUAAAAAAUGCAAUUGAUCAGGCAGAAUGUUCUAUACAGUUGAAUCUUCCUGUGAAGACGUGUUUGGUAACAUUUGAAGAACAACCCUGGAAACACAACACCCGUAAAAUAACAAAAAACAAUUGUACCAUGGAUAAUAAUUUAGAGAUUGAAGGAAAUGUUAGCUCUUAUUCUACAUUAAAUGUUGAAGCUCUUGUAACAGAUGCACCUAACAAAGAAGAAACUAAUCCUGAAAAACUAGAGGCUUUAGAAAAUUUAAAAAAUAUUCUUAAUAAUUAUACUUAUAGUACAACUACUAAAAUAGAAGAACCAGAACAAUCAGAAGUGACAGAAGAUCCUCCCAUAAAAGUUUCAAUAAGUAGAGACAAUGAUGAUACAAAAAUUGAAGGAUUUGGAGAUAAAACUAAAGAAUUUGGUGAAUUUUUAAAAGAUUUCGACUUGCCUACAAGAGAAAUUCAAUCAAAUCCUGAAACAAACAGGGAAGAAGUUAAAGAAGAAAUUAUUUUACCGAAGAAAGUAGAUGCUACAAAGAAUAAAUUACGUAAAUUGUAUAGAAAUAAAAGAAAAUCUGACCUUGUGGGUGCACCUUAUAGCAUAGAUAUCAAUGAUCCUCAAGUACAAACACUUGCACACAAAGGAUUACAACAAUUUUCAGAGAAUUCAGAAGGUACAAAUGAACCUAUGAUUGUACAAAUUGUUGAAGCCACACAGCAAGUGGUAUCUGGUAUGUUAUAUAAAAUAAAAGUUAAGUUAGGAACAAGCACUUGUGCAAAAGGCACUAAACAAAAUUGUGUGCUGGGAGAAGGAAGUGAACUUAAGGAAUGUCUAUUUACGAUUUGGUCCCAGCCAUGGAUAGAUCGUGGAAAUCCAAAAAUUACUAUUAAUUGUGAUUUAAAAAAUAAACAGAAGCGAUCAUUACGAGGUUCUCAGUACAGUUUAAAAAUGCUAAAAAUGGCAGAGGAUUAUAAGGAUGAACUUUUGUUUGAAGAUUUUGUUAAAACUUAUAAUAAAACAUAUUUGUCAGCUAAAGAAAAAGCUGAUCGUUAUAAAGUCUUUAGAAAGAACUUAAAAAUGAUUGAAAAAUUACGAAAGUUUGAACAAGGAACAGCUGUGUAUGGUGUUACAAUGUUCGCGGAUUUAACACCUGAAGAAUUCAAAACAAAGUAUUUAGGUUUGAAAACUAAUUUGAAUCAAGAAAAUGAUAUACCUCUUCAAGAAGCUGUAAUACCUGACAUUGAUUUACCUCCUAAAUUUGAUUGGCGCGAAUAUAAUGCAGUAACACCGGUCAAAGAUCAAGGUCAGUGUGGAUCAUGUUGGGCAUUUUCUGCAAUUGGUAAUAUAGAAGGACAAUACGCAAUUAAGCAUAAGAAAUUAUUAUCUUUGUCGGAACAAGAAUUAGUAGACUGCGAUAAUUUAGAUGAUGGAUGUGGUGGAGGGUAUAUGAUAAACGCUUACAAAACCGUAGAAAAACUAGGUGGUCUUGAAUUAGAAACAGAUUACCCUUAUGAUGCUAGAAAUGAAAAAUGCCAUUUCCUUAAAAAUAAAGCUAAAGUGCAAGUUGCUUCGGCUUUAAAUAUUACAAACGACGAAAAAAAAAUGGCACAGUGGCUGGUAAAAAAUGGUCCUAUUUCUGUUGGCAUUAAUGCUAACGCAAUGCAAUUUUAUUUUGGCGGUGUUUCGCAUCCUUUUAAAUUUUUGUGUGAUCCUGCGAAUUUAGACCAUGGAGUUCUAAUCGUAGGAUACGCCACGAGCACAUAUCCUCUAUUUAAAAAAAAAUUACCUUACUGGAUCAUAAAAAAUAGUUGGGGUCCAAAAUGGGGCGAACAAGGUUACUACAGAGUUUAUAGAGGAGACGGUACCUGCGGAGUUAAUGCAAUGGCUUCAAGCGCUAUAGUUGUAUAACGAAGAUAUUUGUGAAACCAAAGUCUUUCAUAAUGAUAUUAAAUGUAUCUAAAAUAAAAUGAUACAUAUAUAUAUAUAGUUUUUUUUUACUAACGUAAUAUGCAUGUUAAUUGCUUGAAUUAUGAACAGAUUUGUAUAAUAUCUUUAACAAUUAAAAAUCAUACAUACUAUAUUAAAAGUUCAAUGACAAGCUUACAAUAAAAUCAUAAAUAUACAAACUUU